ACUGCUGCCCUCCUGGCACUACACUUGUUCUUCUCUAGGCUUCUCAUCCCCCAGAUUCUCAUCCUUUCUCCUUUAUCCUCCUCCUCUCCUCCCUCCCUGCACUACCUGCUUCUCCCCUUAACUUCCAGCCUCUCUCCCUCUCCCUGUGCCUUGGCUCACUGCUCACAGACUGACAUCACUUGUGUUAUUCCUACGCUCUCCCCGUGCCUCUCCGUCCCAGGGAUUUCUCUUCUUCCUCGUCUCCUGCUGAUUAACUGCCACCUAUCCUUUCCAGGCCCCAAUCUAACCAGCCCCCCCUCACUUCUGGAUCUUCUCUGCUGCCUUCCAGUGGAAUAAUCCCAGAUGAUCCCUCCCCGCUCUCUCCUCACUUUAUUCCUACUUUUGGAGAUGGUAAAAUCAGGUGCCAAGAAGCAGAGCUCGGCCGUCUCCCUGUCCGACACUAUACAGAAAUGGAGAGAAUAUCAGCAGCAGUGUCUGAACAGCUUCCAGCAGAUGCCCAACUUACUGACUGGCAGGUUUUGUAACAGAACUUUUGAUGAUUACGCCUGUUGGCCAGACGGUCUUCCUGGAACUUAUGUGAAUGUCACGUGCCCUUGGUACCUGCCCUGGUCACACAAAGUGACCCAUGGGAGAGUUUUCCGAUACUGCACCCCCGAGGGCAAUUGGCUGUUAAAGGAGAAUUCAAGUGCUCCCUGGAGAAACCUGUCCGAAUGUGAGGACAGAUCACUAAAGGUGCCCCCAGAGGAACAGCUUUCAUCAUUGUCCAUUAUUUACACCAUUGGGUACUCCCUCUCCUUUUCUGCUCUUAUCAUUGCCACCAUCAUCCUGGUGAGAUUCAGGCAUUUGCACUGCACAAGAAAUUACAUUCAUCUGAACCUCUUCACCUCCUUUAUACUGAGAGCCAUUUCGGUGUUUAUAAAAGAUUCUGUGCUGAAGUGGAUGUAUAACUUGGCCAUGUAUGACAACCAGUGGGAUGGACUUGUCUCCUAUCAGGAGUCCUUGAGCUGCCGGCUGGUGUUUGCAAUGAUGCAGUACUGUGUGGCGGCCAAUUACUACUGGCUCCUGGUGGAAGGCAUCUACCUGCACACACUGCUGGUGCUCUCAGUCUUCUCUGAGCAACGGCUCUUUAGACUUUAUCUCUGCAUUGGAUGGGGUGUUCCAAUGCUGUUUGUCGUCCCCUGGGCCAUAGUCAAGUACCUGUAUGAAGACAAUGGCUGCUGGACUCGCAACUACAACAUGAAUUACUGGCUGAUCAUUCGCCUCCCGAUCCUUAUGGCCAUCGGGGUGAAUUUUGUGAUCUUUAUCCGAGUGAUUUGUAUCAUCAUUUCCAAACUGCAGGCCAACCUCAUGUGCAGAACCGACACCAAAUGCAGGUUGGCCAAGUCCACUCUGACCCUGAUCCCCCUGCUGGGCACCCACGAGAUCAUCUUCGCAUUUAUCACCGAUGAACAUGCAAAGGGCGUCCUGCGCUACAUCAAACUCUUCUUCGAGUUGUCCUUCAGCUCCUUCCAGGGGCUGAUGGUGGCCAUUCUUUACUGUUUCAUCAACAAUGAGGUCCAAACCGAGUUCCAGAGAAGAUGGGAGCGUUGGCGGCUGGAACAUUUCUACAGCCACAGAGACUGCAGCAUGAAGCCAAUUAAAUUCCCAGCCAACAGCCUGAGCAGUGGGGUCACCGUUGGGAGCAGUGUUUAAUUUUGCACCUUUGAAGGAGAUUGGUGGACCCAUGAGCAGAGUCAGCUUAUGAAGAUGGCACUUUCACAUGGUGGCCCCAAAGGAGACUUCAUAAGCAACCAGGUCCAUUCAUUACUUGCACAAGACGUCCCCCCCACGGGAUGCAAAGUUCACAUUGUGCGGUGUUCUCUCUGAGCUUGUAGAGGUUUGGGAUCGAGAGAUCGAGGAGAUGGAGAACUCGUUUGUCAUGGAAAGGAAAUGUUUCUCAGGUAUUACAAGGAGCAAAUAUUGCAACGUUCUUGAUUUGCAGCGGAAAACAUCAAUCAAUUGGACAUGGAUUUAUUUCCAAAACUUUCCAAAGGGAAGACGUUUUUUAUUUAAUGUCAAUCAUUUUGUGAUACGUCACUUCAGCAUGGCACAAGAGAGGAGACUACUCUGCGAGGGACUUUUCUCAAGAAGAUCAGGUUCUACAUGAUAGUCAUCUUGAUCUACAAGUGAAUGGUGAUAUAUAUAUUUUCAGGUCUGUAAGAGUUUGUUGAGAAAUAGAAUUGAAGAGGGAGUCUGCUUAACCACCUAUACGUUCCAUAAACCCUGGGUUGGAGAAUGUUGAGGUGGGUUCCCUCCCAAUGACUUCCAAGACCAAGGACAGUGCUUAACAUCAGGAGCAAAAUAAACAGAGCAAAUGUCCAUUUCCACCCGAUAACAAAGAUAAUUAUUUGUAUUUCAUUUCUUGGUUCAUUAUCAAGUAACACCAUGAGGGGGCGCUGUGCAUGGUUCUGCUCAUUGCAACAUUCAACCUACGGCACUAGGUCAGAGCCAUAAGGAGAAACAUCAGAUUUGCAUUUCUCUCAUCAGAAAUCGCAGUCGUGGAAUUUGGACUGAGAGAACUGGAAUCACUUUGCACUGAAACACAAGGCUUUUUAGCAGAACUGUUUCCUGGCAUUUACCUGCAGAAUAGGUAAAUCUCCAAGUGUUGAGAAAUGCAUCCGUUGGUGUCCAGUUUGUAGCACGGCAGGAGCAGAAUUAUAUUUGCCCAGUGGGGGGAUGUUAGAAUAGUAAGAGUUACUUAAAGGGGAACUCCACAAAAACAUAACUUGAGCUUUUUGAAAAGUAAACUUAAUUUCAAGCAACUU